UCGCAGCAUAUUCGGAGCCAAACCAAAAGCAGAAUCACGUCUUCUGUUCUGAUUCCCUACGCAAUCGAAAAAUAAAAAAGGAAUACGCCGGCGCUUCCAUUCCUGUAAUCCGAAGAAUUGCGUCCAUGGCUACAGCUACUCGAUUGAAGGGCUUCGGCGCUGCCGUAAUAGCCGUCGCCGGAGCUUACGGUGCAUUGAGCCUCAGGGAUCCAGUUCUGUCUGAGAACGACCGAGGGCAUUUCCACAGCAUCCGGAAGAAGAUCAAUGACGUCAACGCUGUCGUCCCUUCGCGGGAAGUCCAAGAAUCUGCUUUGAUGGGCGCCAGCUCAGCCAAUCCUCUCGACGUUCUUGUUGUCGGUGGUGGCGCGACCGGGUGUGGGGUGGCACUGGAUGCCGCGUCAAGGGGACUUCGCGUUGGCCUCGUCGAGAGAGAGGAUUUCUCCUCCGGGACUUCUUCGAGAUCCACCAAGUUAAUUCAUGGUGGGGUUCGCUAUUUGGAAAAAGCUGUCUUUAAUUUUGACUAUGGGCAACUGAAACUGGUUUUUCAUGCACUUGAGGAGCGUAAACAAGUUAUUGAAAAUGCUCCACACCUAUGCCAUGCUUUGCCAUGCAUGACACCGUGUUUCGACUGGUUUGAAGUUGUAUACUACUGGAUAGGAUUGAAACUAUAUGAUCUGGUUGCAGCAAAACGCUUGCUACAUUUGUCCCGAUAUUACUCUGCACAAGAAUCAAUUGAACUCUUUCCGACUCUUGCACGGAAGGGUAAAGAUAAAAGCUUGAAGGGUACAGUUGUGUACUAUGAUGGACAGAUGAAUGACUCCAGACUUAAUGUUGGACUGGCAUGCACUGCUGCAUUAGCUGGUGCAGCAGUGCUUAACCAUGCAGAAGUGGUGGCUUUUCUUAAGGAUGAUGUUACAGAAAGGAUAAUUGGUGCACGUAUCCGAAACAAUCUGUCAGGCAAAGAGUUUGAUACAUAUGCAAAAGUUGUUGUGAAUGCUGCUGGGCCAUUUUGUGACUCUGUGAGGAAACUUGCAAACAAAGAUGCACAGCCCAUGAUUUCUCCUAGCAGUGGAGUGCACAUUGUUCUCCCUGAUUAUUAUUCUCCUGAGGGAAUGGGCUUAAUUGUUCCAAAAACCAAAGAUGGACGUGUUGUUUUCAUGCUGCCAUGGUUGGGAAGAACAAUUGCAGGAACAACAGAUUCCAGUACUACAAUUACCAUGCUUCCAGAACCGCAUGAAGAUGAGAUACAAUUUAUACUGGAUGCCAUUUGUGAUUACCUUAAUGUUAAGGUACGUCGUGCAGAUGUUCUCUCUGCUUGGAGUGGCAUUCGUCCAUUGGCCAUGGACCCAUCAGCAAAGAACACUGAAAGCAUUUCUAGGGAUCAUGUAGUUUCUGAAGAUUACCCUGGUUUGCUCACUGUUACUGGUGGAAAAUGGACUACAUACAGAAGCAUGGCAGAGGAUGCAGUUGAUGCGGCUAUAAAAUCUGGGAAGUUGAGUCCAACAAAUGGCUGCUUGACUAACCACCUACAAAUCGUUGGGGGAGAUGGUUGGGAUCCAGCUUCAUUUACAGUUCUUGCUCAACAAUAUGUUCGUAUGAAGAAGACUCAAAAUGGUAAAGUUGUUCCAGGGAUAAUGGACAGUGCUGCAGCCAAACAUCUAUCUCAAGCUUAUGGUACUUUAGCUGAACGAGUGGCAACCAUAGCUCAGAAUGAAAAUCUUGGGAAGCGACUUGCCCAUGGAUACCCUUUUUUAGAAGCAGAGGUUGCAUAUUGUGCUCGGUAUGAGUACUGUGAGUCUGCUGUGGAUUUCAUUGCUAGGAGAUCCAGACUUGCUUUUCUUGAUACUGAUGCAGCAGGCAGGGCAUUGCCACGUGUAAUUCAAAUAUUGGGUGCUGAGCACAAGUGGGACAAAUCAAGGCAGAAGCAAGAGUUACAGAAGGCAAGGGAAUUCUUGGUAGCUUUUAAGUCAUCUAAGAAUGCUCAAUUCCAUGAUGGAAAGCAUACAGGGUUGUAAGUUGAAACAUAAUGGUUUUUUUUUUUACAAAGCUUAGUUUUUCGAUGCCUGUAAACAGUGGUCCCAUGCACAAGAGAUUGGUAAAAGAAACUCCUCACUCUUGGUGUGAGGAAUGAAUAAUUUGUUUUUAUUUACCUUGUCAUUUCCACAAGCUUGAUUUAGUGGGUUGGGUUGGUGCCAGCACUACACAUUCUAUAUUCCUCAUAAUUUACCUGUUUUUGUUGAGGCAUUUGAUCCUCCUGAAAUUGUAAAUUUUAUACAAUCUGUCGAAGUAUAAAUUCCCAUUUCCUGGGCUUCAUUUCAUUGUUUUUUGUAACUAUCUCUUGAUGUUUGCUGGAUUUUUGGGAUACCCUUCUCCUUUUCUUCGUUUUGGGGUGGGGUGGGGGACUUUUCUUUGUUCCAAAUGAUUAGAAUGGGCAAUCCUCUGAUUCAGCCUCUGUUCCUUCUGAUUAUUUAUGUGGGCUUUUAAUUUUUCUACAUAGUGUGUUGUAAUUAAGGGGUGUUCUGUACUUUCUAUGGAUUGCUUGGUUGCGAAACUCAGCACACCCAUAAAGCAUUCUCUUAGGGUUGCGGGCAUGUGGCUGAAACCAUUUAUGGAUGGUUUUGAAAUGCAACAUAUGUAAUGCAAUAAAUGAGUGAAAUGUUUUUAAUAUA